AUGUCAAUCAACGACAUCUAUCUCUAUUGCAGAAUCGAAAAUGACCAGUCGCAUUCAAUAUUCGACAAAUUAUUCGUUGCGACGAGAUUUGGAAAGUCUGGAAACGAAGCGGGCGCCACACCUGGAACGUACAAGAUUCACCCAUUUCCUACGAUCCUGGCUCUUGGGAUCAUUCUCAUUGAAUUGGAACUGGGUGAAGAUCUUUCCGAUAUCAAAAAACACUCCAUGUUCACAUCUAAGAAGGGUCAACCAUUCUAUCUCGCACGGUACCUUCUAAAGGAAUUUCAGAAACACUUCACUCUGGAUUCUGGGCUCAUUCGCGCGGUCAAAUUUUGCAUUGAUCGAGCGCCUUUCUCGCGCUUCGAUACCCUCGACUCGAACGCUCUUCUCUCGAACCAAGAGUUUAUCAAUGUUUAUUAUGAGAAUAUUGUCCGUCCUUUGGAACAAGAUUUAGUCAGAGGAGAUCAUUGGACCUGGGACCAAGUUGAUGAGCUGCGGCCUCCCUCCCAGUGCUCAAUCAGCGCGAGUGACGUCAUUGAGGAGAAGUGGUCCCAUAAAGACACAGUAGAAGAAGCUGAAAGAAGACGCCUGUAUGACUCACUGGGCCAUUCAUCGGUAUCUUAUAUCGAAUAUAGGCGUGAAAUCCAUGCCCAGCUUGAUGUGGUCUUGAAAAAUCUUCCCACCAGGCCGCAGAGCCGCGACGACUUCCACAUCGUCAUUAUAUGUGCUCUCCCAACAGAAGCAAACGCAAUACAAAGUAUCUUCGAUAGACAUUGGGACACCGAAGGGAUAUACCAGUACGGAAAACAAGCGAAAGAUCCUAAAUCCUACUCCACUGGUUUAAUUGGAAACCACAAUGUUGUUCUAGAGCACCAACCGCGGAUGGGAAAAGCCACGGCUGCAAAUGUUGCUGCAGCAUGCUCGAUGAGUUUUCCGAAUAUCAAUCUCGCUCUCAUUGUUGGUGUUUGUGGAGGUGUGCCAUUCCCUGGGACUAAGAAGGAGAUACUUCUUGGGGAUGUUGUCAUUAGCAAAGGUAUCGUGCAGUAUGAUUUCGGAAGACGGUAUCCCGACGGCUUCCGACCGAAAGUUACCAUUGAUGAUCAGCCUGGUCGACCCAAUCAGGAGAUCUCAUCUCUCAUGGCUCGACUGGAACUUAAUAUGCAGCGAGUGAGUCUACAACAGGACCUCGCUAAAUAUCUGGAUGAAUUGGACCGUGCUACGUCGAACCCCUCUGGGGAUUUCUAUCCAGGUCACCUACGAGACAGACUAUUCGACGCAGAAUAUGUUCACAAACUUCAGUUGGCCAGCUGUAACAUGUGCACAACCAGUGUUUUCAAUCUGGCGAUGCAGUCUACAUGCCAAGAUCUCAAAUGCGGGGAGCACAGAUUGAUAGGUCGACUGCGUCAGAACGAGAGAAACAGGCCCUCCCUCCACUUUGGAUUGAUGGGAUCCGGUGACACGGUUUUAAAAUCCGCAGAAGAGCGAGACAGAAUCGCCAAAGAGGCAAAUGUGAUAGCAUUCGAGAUGGAAGGGUCGGGUGUCUGGGAGACGAUGCCUUGCGUGAUUAUCAAGGGGGUCUGCGACUAUGCAGAUAGCCAUAAGAACAAAGAAUGGCAUGACUAUGCAGCCACAACAGCAGCGGCCUCUACGAAGGCCUUCCUGCGACACUGGUCUGAAACAUCAUAUCAAACAAACCACAUCACGAUCAUGGAUAAACACAAUUCUCAAUGGGUGUCGUUCCACAUCCGGGACCACCUCAAGGACGGUGCAGUUACUGUCCAGAACACUGUCAUCGAAGACGGUGAAUUCUGGGACCCCAACGGCCGCCGCAAGUCGCUUACCGAAGAGGAAGUCGACGAGAUCACCAUCCCGGCUGGUGGAAUCGGUGAGAUCAACGCAGCUGGCCGUGGCCGCCGCGGCAGUGAGGGUCGUCUUGAUCUUUUUCACGACGAUGGCAAAAUCUGCGAGAUCCACUGGGAGAAUCGCGGUGGAGAACACAUCAACCUUGUUGAGACCAUCGACCCCAGUGAUGGGUAUAGAGUCGAGUACGGAGGAUGGAGCUCCGGCGAGGGACCCCUCGGACACGUCUACAUCGACAUUACGAAGAUAAAGAAAUAA